GCGUUACUCGAGCCCCAUUCAGCAAGUACUCGAGAUGUUCCGUUUCGUAGUGUUAACUGCCUUAUUGGCCUGUGUCUCAGGUGGACUCGUCCCACAAUUGGAUGGCCGCAUUGUUGGUGGAAAAGCUACCAACAUUGAGAGCUAUCCUCAUCAAAUUUCUUUGAGGAAGAGUGGAAGUCACAUUUGUGGUGGUUCCAUCUACAAAGCCAAUGUAGUUAUCACUGCCGCUCACUGCACCAGCGGACAAUCGGCAUCCUCUCUUACCGUUGUUGCCGGUACCAGUUCCCGUACUUCUGGAGGAGUUUCACGUCAAGUAUCCAGCAUUCGUCAACAUCCAAGUUACAGUGCCUCUACAACCAACAAUGAUAUUUCCCUCUUGAUCCUCUCAAGUGGAUUCACCUAUUCAUCAUCUAUCCAACCAAUCGCUCUUACCAGCUCAGCUCCAGGUGCCGGAACCGCUGUCACCGUUACUGGAUGGGGUACCACCUCGGAAGGAGGUUCCGCUGCUGCUACCCUUCAAGUUGUUACCGUCAAUGUUAUCAGCAACAGUCAAUGCGGAUCCAGCUAUGGAAGUGGUAAGAUCACUUCUGCUAUGCUCUGCGCUGGAGUGACUGGUGGCGGUAAGGACUCUUGCCAAGGUGACUCUGGUGGCCCAUUGAUCUCUGGAGGAAAAUUGGUUGGUGUUGUCUCAUGGGGCAAUGGAUGCGCUCGUAAUGGAUACCCAGGUGUCUAUACCAACGUUGCCUACUUCAAAUCCUGGGUCGAAUCUAACUCAUAAAAUGUUAAAUCGACUCUCUUUUUGCAUUUAGCAGAAAUUUGACUGUUAUGCUUGAAAGUAAUAAAGCAAAUUGAUGUUAUCUUAAUCGUUUAA